AUGGAAUUUGUUUCACAUGUAUCCCCGGCCACAAAUGGUCAAGCGACAAGCAAUGGAUCUACCAACACCCUCUCCGAGAACAAGACCUCCAGUAGCUCUGUCCAAAGUAUUGCACAAGUGAAUAUCAUCCCGCAGACGUUCGAGGACGGUGCAAUCGUAAGUCUGGAUCUCCCAACUUCUACGGAAGAGGACAUCUCCACUACUCUUAUGUCCACCACGAUUCUGGAGAUGAUUUUCGAUUACGCUUUGAACAAAUUUGAUGAUUGUCGGGACCGGCUUGAAGCCGGAAGACCUAAGUUCAUAUCAGUCCUUAACAAAUUCGUCAAAGAGGGAGCCCGGAUCGAGAUGUCUCUCCCAGCAUUUCCCUUCAAAUCAGCGAACAAGGUCUACAAAGUUCUUGGUUUCUUACCUGAUAAGGCUGAAGAGAUCGCAUUGGCUCGAUUGGAUAAUAUGUGUCGGCGUAUUGAGGAAAUAUAUAUACCUGGUGCUAAGGUUGUCCUCAUUUCGGACGGACUUGUUUAUAACGAUUUGUUGAGUAUAUCGGAUAGAGACACCUGGCUUUACGGGGAGGCUUUACGAGAAAUGGCAGCCGAAAAUGGAUUUACCCACAUUGGAUUCUCUAGAUUACGAGACCUUGUAGAUCUCGAAUUACCCGAAACUCUAGAUGAAAUCCAUUAUGUGGCUAACGCAACUAAUUUUCGCCGAUCUGUUCUUAACAGGUUUGGCAGAGAUGAUCUUGACGUUAAUAGUCUAAUUGCCAGUGACGAGGAUACACGACUGACCUACCAGGGAUAUCGAAGAUUUUUAAUGUCAGAUUUAAGGUAUAUCUUCACACUUGGUGGAACACGAACUAGUAACUCCUACAAAAGAGAGACCAAGUACUUGGCUAAGCAAAUGCUUGUUCGAGGAUACGCUUUCGCGGGAGCAAUCAAGGAGAACUUUCCAAACCACUUACGACUAUCUAUUCAUCAAUCUACCGGGGAGCAUAAAGUUUCCAUGAGUCUACUGAAUACUAAGACUGGGUUUACGACUCCUUGGCAUUGUAGUGUCGCUCUAAUGGCGGACGGAGAAUGGAUGAGUGCACCGAUGGGGGACUUCAGGGAGAAUCCUAGAAUGAAAAUCAUCAGCGAGAAAGGUCGUCCAAGUUACUUUCAAGAAAUGACAGAAGAGGAAUUCGUAGAAGAACAACGAAUGCAGGCAGCGCAACUGAUCGAGGAAGUUGUCGUUGAAGAGAAUCAUCAGCCGCAAAGAAACGAAAACUUUUUCCAAUGGGAAAGCGUUACUUAUGAUUGCAAAAAGGGCGACAAGCCAGUACGAGUUUUAGAUCAUGUAGAAGGAUGGCUCAGGGGUGGGACGAUGACAAUUUUGAUGGGGGUCAGUGGUGCUGGCAAAGAGCUUCUGCUCAAUAUUAUCGGGAAUUGUCCGGGUUCUGGUAUCAUUCAUGGCGAUAUUUUAAUUAACGGCAAACCGCGAGAUAUGGCGUCCAAAAAUACCACGGGAAUUGUCCACCAGCCAGAUUUGCAAUUCGCUACGGCAACAGUAAAAGAAGUGUUGAUUUUUAGUGCUAUGUUGAGGCAACCAAAGACUACUCCAUAUGCUGAAAAGAUCACUUACGUGGAAAAAGUGAUCAGCUUGAUUGGUAUGGAAAAACUUGCCGAUACGGUUAUUGAAGCAUCUGGAGAAAGUCUGAACAGCGAACAAAUGAAACGACUGGCAAUUGGAGUUGAGCUUGCUGCCAAGCCUACAACCGUGCUUUUGCUCGAACAGCCGCUUUCAAAGCUCGACAGCCGGGCUGCUUUAUCCAUAUGUGCCCUCUUACGUAAGAUUGCUCAGACGGGCCUUGCGAUCCUAUGUACAGUCAAUCAACCUUCGACACGAAUUCUUCAGUCCUUUGAUCGGCUAAUUUUGCUUGCGGAGGGAGGAAAGCAGCUAUAUUUUGGUAAAAUAGGUGUUUCUUGCAAGACGGUGGCUAGCUACUUCGAACGGCACGGAGCCAGGCCUUGUAAUGCAGAUGAGAAUCUCGCAGAAUGGAUGCUGGAAAUCACUAGCUCCACCCCUGAAUUUGACGGUCCACAAGUUUGGUCAGAGAUUUGGAAGAAUUCUUCUGAGCAUUGGGCCAUCAAAAGUAAACUGGCGAACUUGAAGAAAAAGUUUCCAAAACGGCUGGAUCCGGUCAAUAGUCUCCACACUGCAGAAAUCUUUGAGCAAUCAGCUGUUGCACUUGAUGCGAUGGCUCUCCAGCGCACCUUUUAUAAGUAUAUUUCGUUGGAAAACAUCCAACCAUUCUCAGAUACUUCAAAGUCAGAUUUUUGUGGGUGUUGGCUCACAAAACAUGCUUCUGUGAACACCCCAGCUUGCCUUUCACAAACGAAUCAAAUGUCCUAA